AUGGGGAACCGGGAGAUGGAGGAGCUGAUCCCGCUGGUGAACCGUCUGCAGGACGCCUUCUCGGCGCUGGGGCAGAGCUGCCUGCUGGAGCUGCCGCAGAUCGCCGUGGUGGGCGGCCAGAGCGCCGGCAAGAGCUCGGUGCUCGAGAACUUCGUGGGCAGGGACUUUCUCCCUCGAGGGUCAGGCAUCGUGACGAGACGGCCUCUUGUACUACAGCUUGUUACUUCCAAAGCAGAAUAUGCGGAAUUUCUACAUUGCAAAGGGAGAAAAUUCACAGAUUUCGAUGAAGUGCGCCAUGAAAUCGAAGCAGAAACAGACCGGGUGACGGGAAUGAAUAAGGGCAUUUCCCCCAUACCCAUCAACUUACGAGUCUACUCCCCACAUGUGUUAAAUCUCACCCUGAUUGACCUGCCGGGGAUUACGAAGGUGCCCGUGGGGGACCAGCCGGCGGACAUUGAGCAUCAGAUCAGGGAAAUGAUCAUGCAGUUCAUCUCGCGGGAGAACUGUCUGAUUCUGGCUGUCACUCCAGCCAACACCGACCUUGCCAACUCAGAUGCCCUGAAGCUGGCGAAAGACGUCGACCCUCAAGGUCUGAGAACCAUUGGCGUCAUCACCAAGCUGGACCUUAUGGAUGAGGGGACGGAUGCCAGGGACAUUCUGGAGAACAAGCUGCUGCCUCUUCGCAGGGGGUACGUGGGGGUGGUGAACAGAAGCCAGAAGGACAUCGACGGGAAGAAGGACGUCAAGGCAGCCAUGCUGUCGGAGAGGAAGUUCUUCCUCUCACACCCGGCGUAUAGGCACAUAGCCGAUCGGAUGGGGACCCCACACCUGCAGAAGGUCCUUAAUCAGCAACUUACCAACCACAUCCGAGACACCCUGCCAACCUUCAGGAACAAACUGCAGGCCCAGCUGCUCUCCAUAGAACACGAAGUGGACGCCUACAAGAGCUUCAAGCCGGAGGACCCCACCAGGAAGACCAAAGCCCUGCUGCAGAUGGUCCAGCAGUUUGCCGUGGACUUUGAGAAGAGAAUCGAAGGCUCGGGGGAUCAGGUGGAUACCCUGGAGCUCUCGGGGGGAGCGAAAAUCAACCGCAUCUUCCACGAGCGCUUUCCUUUUGAGAUCGUAAAGAUGGAGUUCAACGAGAAGGAGCUGCGGCGGGAGAUAAGCUACGCCAUCAAAAACAUCCACGGCAUCAGGACAGGGCUGUUCACUCCAGACAUGGCGUUUGAGGCGAUAGUCAAAAAACAAAUUGUGAAGCUGAAAGGGCCUUCCUUGAAGAGCGUGGAUCUGGUGAUGCAAGAAUUGAUCAACACCGUCAAGAAGUGUACCAGAAAACUGGCCACCUUCCCCCGCCUGUGCGAGGAGACCGAGAGGAUCGUGGCGAACCACAUCCGGGAGCGCGAAGGGAAGACCAAGGACCAGGUGCUGCUGCUGAUCGACAUCCAAGUCUCCUACAUCAACACCAACCACGAAGAUUUCAUCGGCUUUGCAAAUGCGCAGCAGAGGAGCAGUCAAGUUCACAAGAAAAACACAAUUGGAAAUCAGGGAACCAACCUUCCGCCUUCAAGGCAAAUUGUGAUCCGCAAGGGCUGGCUGACCAUCAGCAACAUCGGCAUCAUGAAGGGCGGCUCCAAGGGGUACUGGUUCGUCCUCACCGCCGAGAGCCUGUCCUGGUAUAAAGACGACGAGGAGAAAGAGAAGAAGUACAUGCUUCCUUUGGACAACCUGAAGGUUCGCGACGUGGAGAAGAGCUUCAUGUCCAGCAAGCACACCUUCGCCAUCUUCAACACGGAGCAAAGGAAUGUAUACAAAGACUAUCGCUUCCUGGAGCUGGCUUGUGACUCUCAGGAGGACGUGGACAGCUGGAAGGCAUCCCUGCUAAGGGCUGGCGUCUAUCCCGACAAAUCUUUAGGGAACAACAAAAAUGAAAAUGAUGAGAAUGGCCAAGCAGAAAACUUCUCCAUGGACCCCCAGCUGGAGCGGCAGGUGGAGACCAUCCGCAACCUCGUGGACUCCUACAUGUCGAUCAUCAACAAAUGCAUCCGAGACCUGAUUCCCAAGACAAUAAUGCACCUGAUGGUCAAUAAUGUGAAAGAUUUCAUCAACUCAGAGCUCCUAGCACAGUUAUAUUCUUCAGAGGACCAGAACACUCUGAUGGAGGAGUCGGCUGAGCAGGCUCAGCGCCGGGACGAGAUGCUGCGCAUGUACCAGGCCCUAAAAGAAGCCCUCGUGAUCAUCAGCGACAUCAACACGGCCACGACGUUCACCCCCGCCCCGCCGCCUGUGGAUGACUCCUGGAUACAGCACACCCGGAGGUCGCCCCCUCCGAGCCCCACCACCCAAAGGAGACCGAUGCUGAGCGCCGCCCUGGGUCGGCCUGCACCCGGCCGAGGGCCCCCUCCCGCCAUCCCCUCCCCGGGACCCCACUCAGGGGCGCCCCCCGUUCCAUUCCGGCCGGGCCCGUUGCCUCCCUUCCCCAACAGCAGUGACGCGUUCGGAGCACCUCCGCAAGUCCCCUCCCGGCCCACCAGGGCGCCGCCCAGUGUCCCCAGCCGGAGACCACCCCCAUCACCAACGCGUCCCACUAUAAUCCGGCCACUAGAAUCCUCCCUGUUAGACUAAAGGAAGUGUCUAGCAUGGCAGCUAAUUACUAAGGAAUUAUGAGACAGCAACAUAUUUGAUAACCAUUGCGGUAAAUCAUGAGUAGUCGCAUGUGUGGACAUCGGUAGGCAAGUCACCAGUCUUACUAACGCAUCCCUCACUCGGCUGCAUUGCUCAUGGUAUGUCCAGCUCUGGGGAUUUGACCCUUGGAAACUGCUGUCGCUUCAAGGCUUCCUUUCUGUGUUGUGUCAACCCAGGUAGGUUUGGAUGGCAGCCCUAUACCUUGGGGGCCGUUUGCCUACCCUGGCAUAUAUCUGAAAUUGCUUUGGACGAGUUUCCCAGGUUACCUUUCCGAGAGCCCAUAAAAUAUCAUUCUUAAGAGAGAGCUCAGAUGCUGGGCUUCGACCUAAGCCAUACAUACUUACUUUCCCACACUCUGUUUGGGAGGACAGAAAUGGUUUUCUUUAUUAUCAAUGUUUCUGUCGACUCCGGAAUUACCUGUUCAGAUCCAUUCCUUCCUCUUUAUUUCAUAAGACUGCCAGGAGGUGAUUUUUUAUUUUAUUUUAUUAGGAUUCCUUAAGAAUAAAGCUUUCCCAGAAGGGCAAGGUAGUUUGCAGAGGAAAGGGGACACCUCGCUUGCUGCGGAGGGUUUUCCUCCGCCCUGGUGUUGGGUUUCAUGCUAGAAGCACAUUCAGUCGCCAGUCAGAGCUGAUUUCUCUGGAACCAGUCAAUAGAUUUGACUAGUUAAUUUCAGAAUUCAGGAAGAAGCAAAAUAUCACAUCUCUAGAAGUUGCUGGAAAACGUUAUUUCUUUAUUUAUAUAAUCACCCCCUUCCUAGGUUACAGGGAAGGCUGAGAUGGAAAAUAUUUAUUUUUCUCAGAUUCAUCUAAUUUUAGGCAUGGCUGACUACACUUUGACACUAACUCCAGUUUAUUUGUUUAUUUCGUUGGCUGGAGCAAAAAUAUUCCUCUUUUUCUCUGCUAGAAGCAUAAUUCUCUUAUGUAAAAAAUUGCCCUACCUCUAAAACAGGCUUAAAGUAACUUUCUAUCCCUUCUAGGCUCUCUUCACAGUCACGAGCCUUUCUGUGGGAUAACCCGAUUUAAAGAGUGGG